AUGUUCCUCAAUUUUAAUCAUUAUCGUUCGAUAUUAUUUUGUCUUAUCGCAUUAUUAAUAAAUAUUAAUAUAAGUUUUGCUUAUUCACCUCCAAGUGCAACCGUAGAACCACUUUAUCCAAAAGGAUUGCGUAUAUCUGUGCCACAUGAACAAGGUAUCACGUUGGUAGCUUAUCACGUAAAAUUCAACGAUGAUUUUUAUUCAUUAGAAGCAGGAGUAAUUAGUAUCGAUAUUAUAAAGCCUCGUAAUGGCAGAUGGGUUUACGAAGAUCAUACUACUGAGCUUAAAGAAGGUGAUAUCAUUUAUUUCUGGGUACACGUUGUCUAUCAAGGAUUAGGAUACAAUCUUUUAAAUCAAGAACACAGAGUAACCGGAUUCUUCAAUUAUGACGGAACACCGCGUGGUUCGAGCAAGGAAGGAAAUUGCGAUAAACCUUCGAUAACGAAAGUAUUCGACAGGAAUGGAAACUCGUUGAAGGUUUGCACGAAUCAAUUAAUCUUUGAAGAUGGUUUUGAUAGUCUUAACACAUCGAUAUGGACCGUACUCGAACAAUUUUCGGGUGCUCCGGAUUUCGAGUUCGUCGUUUAUAACAAAGACAACAAUAACGUUAAAAUACAAAAUCAACAAUUGGUAAUAACACCUACGUUCUUAGAUGGAAAAUAUAGCGCUGAUUUUGUCAGACAAGGAUCGUUGGAAUUACAGAGAUGCACUUCCACACCUGGCAGCGACGAUUGCAAACGCGAAGCAUUCGCGGCAAAUGUUUUGCCACCUAUAUUGUCAGGACGUUUAAAUACCAACAAUUCAUUUACCUUUCAAUACGGACGCAUCGAAGUAAGAGCUAAAUUACCGGCAGGUGAUUGGAUAUAUCCCAUAAUAUCCUUGGAAGUAGCGAAUAAAAAUAAACAAGAAGAAUGGACGCAACCUGUAAUAAGAAUUGCAUCCGCUUCCGGUAAUUCGCAUUUAAGAUCGGUACAUAGUACGGAUUUGAGUGGUCAUGUACUUAGCGCUGGUGGAUUAAAAUCACUUCCAGUGAGUGAAGGUCCUUAUGCAUCAAGAUCAGAGCUUUUACAUAGGAGCAUGAAUUCGCUUUGGUCCGAUGACUUUCACGUUUACGAAAUUGAAUGGAGAGACGAUCGUAUUCUUGCUAAAUUUGAUAAUACCAUCUUUGGUGAACAAAGAAUUGAUAAUACGUUCGAUCAACCGUUUUUCUUAACCUUGGGCUUAGCCGUUGGAGGUUACGGGGAAUUUCCUGACAUGAGUAGAAGCAAUAAUAUCGAAAAACCAUGGAAGAACCAAGGAUCGAAGGCCGUUCUUAAUUUUUACGAAGCACGAGACCAAUGGGCCAAAACAUGGGAACAAGGGAAAACGAGUUUGAAAAUCGAUUAUGUUAAAGUUUGGGCACUGUGAUCUUCCCUCCCCCUCCCCUUACUUUUCUUUUUUAUAAUUAUUAUUAUAACAUACAAUACCUUUAACAUUAACAAAAAUGAUUUAUUAUAAAUACUUAUGAUAAUAUUGGUUCUUCCUUAAAUAUCUACAAGACAUUUCGAAAUAUCAUCGAAUGUGUCUUUUUAUAAAACGAAUAAAUAUUCAUUUUAAUUAUUA